AUGGCUGUUAUUGUUUUUGACAGCAGCAACCACCAUCACUACCACAAUUCCAAAAUAGCGCAACGUUGGAAACAGCUCAAGCAGCAUAUACUCAACCAGCAGCAACAUAGGGCGGCGCAACGUGACGAGCCGCCGCAGCAGCAACAACAACAGCCGCUGCAGCCGCAAACAGUAUCGCAAUCACAACAACAACCGCAGAAAGCGAAUCUGCAACAACAGCAAUUGCUGCCAAAGGUCAAGACGCAGCAGGCCCUAGAGCAAGUAGCCGCUCAGCAAUACCAGCAACAGCAACAGCAGUCAAAGCAGUCACCACUGACAACGUGCGUGGUGACUGCAGUUGCAGCUACAGCUGUAACAACAAGCGUCAUAUCGACAUUUAAUCCCGUUAACCCCACGACAGCAACAAUUACAACGGCGGCCAGAGUCUUUUCCCGUUACGAUAGCAUCGAGGAGCUGCAUCAGCGUACCAGCAGAAGUGGAAGCGCAAUUGGAAUAGUGCCAGUGGUUGCGGCGCAGGGCGCCCAAGGUGCACGUGGUAGUAUAGUAGCCGCAACUGGAGUGGGAGUGGGAUCCAGCGCUGUAAUUGGCAGUGGAGUUGGCACAGGAGGUUUGUAUGCAACCGCAGGUGCGCGUAAUGUACCAGUAGCAGGUAGCGGUAAUGGCAUUGGUGUGCGUAUAGCAGGUUCGCGGAGUGGUAGUAUAGGAGCUGGUUUAGAUGAUCAUCGGACAGUGUUAAGUCCCAGUGGUACAGGAACAGUAUCGGCGACUAAUCAGCAAUUAAGCAGGGGUAGUGUGAAUGGCUAUACAACGGCAGCAGCAGCAGCAGUUGGUGGCGGAGGUGUUAGUGGUGGCAUUGGCAUUGGUGGAAGUGGCAGUGGGAGCAGCGGCGGUACACAAUUGAUAGGCGGUGCUACGUCGACGCUGGAACAGGAACAGCACAAGGCGCCAUAUUGGGUGUGA